AUGAGUUCCUACUUGAUCAAUUCAAAUUACAUCGAACCUUCUUUCCCACCCUGCGAGGAAUAUCAGCAGAAUGGAUACAUGCCCGUGUCCUCUGAUUAUUAUGAGCGGCCGAAAGACGCGGGCUUCCCCCAUCACGAGGAGGCAUCAUACCCGCGAUCAAACUACCAAGAGCCGAGCUAUGAUUACGGUAAUGUGUCAACCAACGACCUCAACGAUUUCACCGACCGUCAUCACGCGCAACCUCAAUCCGUUCCGCAGAAUCAUGGACCCCGCCUCACCACAGAGAGCUGUGCUGGUUCAGCUGCGAACAAGGAUUGUAGCCUCGUGUCAGAGGCUCUCCCAGGCGCACAGAAGGGUAAAGAGCCGGUGGUGUAUCCCUGGAUGAAAAAAGUCCAUGUUAAUACCGUGACCGCCAGCUACUCUGGAGGAGUGCCCAAGAGGUCUCGCACCGCCUACACGCGCCAGCAGGCUCUUGAGCUUGAGAAAGAGUUCCACUUUAACCGAUAUCUGACUCGACGUCGACGAGUGGAGAUAGCGCACACUAUGUGUCUUUCUGAGCGUCAGGUGAAAAUCUGGUUUCAGAAUCGCCGCAUGAAGUGGAAGAAAGACCACAAGCUGCCUAAUACAAAGAUCCGCUCCUCGAGCUCUGCGCCCUCCAACCAUCACGUGAAAACGGACGCCACUCAGCAGCAGCAAACACUGCUUCCUACGCCUUGUUCCUCGAACCUAUAG